AUGGGCAUGAUCUUUGCAGACUCAUUUGGUUCUUUGUCAUUAAUAAACAAUGAAAGCCCUGCAUUAAAGAUCAAUAAUAAUGAUCAUAAUUUCAUCUAUGGUCAUAUGAUGACAACCUCUUAUUCAUCUUCAUCUAGUACUACAACCAAUUAUAAUAAUCAUUCUACUACUUCAAGAAACUUUCAUGAAAAUGAUCAAGAUCAUCAUAGACAUAAUGAUGAGGAUCAGGAUACUACAGAAGAAGAUGAAGAACAACUUGACUUGAAUCUUAGUACUAGUAUUGGUCAUGAUCAUCAUCAUAAUGGUAAAAUGAGACCAUGUGAGCAGCAGUCAAUUAAACCAAGUGCAAGAGGCCAUUGGAGGCCUGCUGAAGAUGCUAAGCUCAAAGACCUUGUUUCCCUUUAUGGUCCCCAAAACUGGAACCUCAUUGCUGAGAAACUUGGAGGCAGAUCAGGAAAGAGUUGCAGGUUGAGAUGGUUCAACCAAUUAGAUCCAAGAAUCAACAAAAAGUCAUUCAGUGAAGAAGAGGAAGAAAGACUAAUGACAGCACACAGGUUGUACGGAAACAAAUGGGCAUUAAUAGCAAGACUGUUUCCAGGUAGAACUGAUAAUGCGGUCAAAAACCAUUGGCAUGUUAUUAUGGCUAGAAAGUAUAGAGAGCAAUCUAAUGCUUAUAGAAGAAGAAAGAUGAUGUUCCUCAGUCAAAGUCAAAUGUCUGCAACUCAACCACCACCACAACAACUAUCUGCAGCAGCCAUUGGUUAUGGACAUUACAAUGGUGGUAUUCACCACCAACUACCAUCUUAUGGUGUAACAUCUGGUCCCCAAUAUAACACACAGUUGAUGAUGAUGAUGGGCAUGAAAAACAAUUCCACCAACCACAACAUAAUCACUUGGCCGGAAAACAAUUCGCUAUUAAACACAUCUUGGAUGAUGAUGAUGAUGCAUACUACUACUACCAACUCUAUGGAUAUCGACCUCCAUCGUAAUCAUGGUCGAUAUGAUCAUGCAAUGAACCAAGAGGACUGCUACAAUCACCAUUUUUACGACAGCAGUAGUAACAGCUACUCAACUACACAACCAGAUCAAGCAGAGCAUUACUAUUCUGAAGCUAUUAAUGAUAACAUUUCAUCACCAUUAUUUAUAGACUUUCUAGGAGUUGGAACAAUAAGUGAAUAACUAUAUAUCUAGCUAGCUAUAUAUCACAUUUGCUGCUGAAAUCUUGAAUGCAAGUAAAUCUGCACUGUGCUGACUGUCUUGAAUGAGUUGCUGGAUGGACAGGAAUUUAGAAGAACAGAAAAUUAGUGAAACAAGUCAAGUAAAUGUAAGGUUUGGUGCAAUAAGUGAAAAUUAAAUUAAAUUGUGCUGAAUUUACUAUUGCUUUUAUGAUUACCGUUGUUCUUUUCUAAGUA